GGGCUCCCAUAGUAUUGUUCAUCUUUGUCGCUUUCUUCCAUGUACUGAACAUAGAUACAGGUCUCGCCCAAUAUCCAAGCUUCGAUACAGCAGAAACCCCCAUCUAAAACGCCGUCUAUCGAAUAGGAUGAGCAGACAUUACUUUGCUAAUAUUAUGCAUGCCGUUCUAUCAAUGAUGAGGUCCAUUCUUUUCCUUUCUUCUUCGCCCCAGUCAUCUUCCUCGCAUUCACCGCAGGUGCCCAUGCCAUUAUCUCGACAAGAACCGACCACUUCCUCUGAAGACAACAAUUCCUCUGAAUACCACAGUUUUUCUGAAGACAACUGUUCCUCCGAAGACAGUAAUCCCAAACCCAGCUCCAAAAACAAGCCAAAGAAGCUGAAGUAUCUAGAAGUCCCUCAAAACCCAAGCCCAUUCUUCAGGUUCCUGGUAUACGCCUCCGGCGGCACGUUUCCCUCGACAAUCAAGAAGGUGACGAGAAAGGCACCAAAACGUCGAAACAGAAUUUUCGAUUGUUCGUUCUCCGGACAUAGAACGCAGUACUCUUGGGUUGUCCAGCCUCGGUGUCACAGGAAGUGUAGAAGGAACAAGAAACCUUCUGAGCAGGAGGGAAAACAGAUGGGUACUGACGAUAUAGCCACACAUGAAGAGGACGCGCAUGGGGAGACCAUAUGUGAGAAGGUGACACCUGAAAAGUGUUCGCAAAAGUCCGGUACAUUCAAUUUUUCUGUCAAUCCACCGCCAGAUCCAACGCCAAAAGCAAGAUCAAGGGUCAGCGCUCCGCUUCCAUCGGCAUUGAAACGCGCAAGCUGUGCUUUGGCGACUCCAGGGCAAAGUCACGCCAACCAAUCUGUGCCAGUUUCUCAUAGAAAACCAAAGAGUAAAUGCCUCGGCUUCUUUUCCCGACGGGCAAGAACACGACUAUGAGAGAUGCUCUGUUCCUGAUGGAAUUUUCAUGAGAGUCGUUGCUGAGAAACGACAAACACCCAAUAAUCCGCAAGCACGCAUUUCUCCUUAGAUGGCAUAUUCUACGCCACGUGCAUAUUUACAGAUGGGACUGAGUAAGGAUGGAGCGUUUCAUGCGGUUUGG